AUGAAGGAAGGCAGGUCGAUAAUCAACACGACCUCCGUCAACGCAUACAAGGGAAAUGCAAAGCUGCUCGACUACACGGCCACAAAAGGUGCUAUCGUGGCUUUCACACAUGGGCUUUCCCUCCAGCUGGUUGACCGUGGCAUAAGACAAUGCGAGAAAGAAAAAAUCGAGUGCAGGCACGCGCUGAAGCACAUGAAGGAAGGCGGGUCGAUAAUCAACACGACCUCCGUCAAUGCAUACAAGGGAAAUGCGAAGCUGCUCGACUACACGGUCACAAAAGGUGCUAUCAUGGCUUUCACACGUGGCCUUUCCCUCCAGCUGGUUGACCGUGGCAUAAGAGUCAAUGGGGUUGCGCCGGGACCCAUAUGGACCCCUCUUAUACCGGCCUCAUUCACGGAGGAUGAAAGCUCGAAUUUUGACACAUAUGCUUGUUGA